AUGGAUAUAUACGAUAAACCCUACUACAAAAUAACUAAAAUUUCUGCUUCUCUGAUAGGUCGAUGGCCAUAUCAGUCUUCACGACAGAGCUUAGUGAUAGUCGCUGUUAUAUGGAUUGCAUUUAUACUGCAAGCUAUUCCACAAAUCAUCGCAAUUGUUACCCAUUUUGAUGAUCGAGAGGUACUUCUCGAAGCUUUAGCACCAUUUAUAAUAGAUAUUGUUUGUGUAGCUAAAUAUAUGAAUUCAUUCUACAAUGCAGAAUUGAUAAAAACUCUAUUCGAGAGAGUUAAAAAAGAUUGGAGAUUACUUCCGAAAGAUAGAGAAAAAAAAAUUUUAGAAUAUCAUGUCGAUCUUGGACGACUUAUGUCUGUUGGAUAUGCAGGGUUUGCAUUCAUAACAACGGUUAUAUUUGUAACGGAGCCAAUUUUGCCGAGGAUCAUUAAUAAAUUAACAAACUCAAAUGAAUCUGUUCCACUAAAAUUUGCUCUUCCAUUGGAAUACAUAAUAUUCGAAAAAGAAAACCAUUAUUGGUUAAUGUUAAUCAUUACGAAUAUAUUUGCUAUUAACAUGAUAGUUGUUAUUAUAUCCUGUGAUAUCAUGUUUAUCACAUUCGUACAACAUGUUUGCGGACUGUUUGCAGUUGUAGGAUUUCGAAUACAAAGCUCACCCACGGGUAAAAUUACGGGCAAGAAUAAAAAAGAAGCAAGUUCACGGAAAAGUUCACAAGAUGUUGCUUAUAAACAUUUGGUAUCAUGCAUCAGAAGUCACAGGAGAGCUCUAGAAUUUGCUGAAAUCAUUGAAACAACAUUUUCUACAAGUUUUGGAGUGGUCGUUGCAUUAAAUUUACCAAUUAUGAGUAUUACCGGAUUGCAGCUAAUUACACAAUCGAAUACAGUGGAACAAAUGCUUAAGUACCUCAUGUUUGCUCUUGCCCAAAUGCUCCAUCUUUUCUUCGACUGUUUUCUAUCACAGAAUUUAACGGAUAUGAGUUCACAGAUUCCGCAUUGCAUUGCUAAUGUGAAAUGGUACGAUAAUUCUAAAGAAUCACAAAAAUUGAUACUUUUAAUGAUAAUGAGAAGCCAAGUGCCUAGUAAGCUGACUGCUGGCAAAAUCAUGGAAUUGUCCAUUGAAAAUUUUGGAGUGAUGGUGAAAACCUCGGGAUCAUACUUCACGAUGCUUCUGUCGAUGCAAUAA